AUGGUGGUGAUGUGUCAGGUCUCGGUGCUGUAUUUCGCCAGGAGCGCGGAGCUGGCGGGCCUACGCUGCGAGACCCUCUCAGUGCCACCGCAGAUCACCUCUCUGCAUCUCUGGGAGGAGAUCGUCAAAGUUCACCCAAGGCUUGCUGUCAUCCAGGAUCAAGUGGUUUUUGCUGUUCGGCAGGAGUACGUGCUUCUUGGAGAUCACCUCCUGGUCCUGCAGCCUGGAGACGAGGUUGCCAUCAUCCCACCAAUUAGUGGAGGCUGAAUCUAGCCAAGUUCUCUUAGUGUGGUUCCAGUAACUGAAGCAAGUGUAAUUAUUG